GAUGCUAUUGCACGGCCCGCCCUCUCCACGUGCAGAGCUCCGGCAGAGCUUCCACUUCCUUUACUCGGCGGUCCCAGGAGCUGAAGAUGGCUGCCGCAGCUGCACUGGGAAGGUUACUGAAACCCUGGCUCGGCCGGCCAGUUUCCUAUCCCUGGAGGGCGUGCUCAGCUGCCGGAAAGCCCCUUCGAGUCGCCACAGCAGCAGCCUGGAGCAAGUGUGAAACCCACGUGACGCCUCCUUUUUCUCGGGUGCAAUUCAGUACAAGUUCUUCAAGGUUUGUUCCUGCUGUCACCCAGCAUGCUCCCUAUUUUAAAGGCACAGCUGUGGUUAACGGAGAGUUCAAAGAACUCAGUUUGGAUGAGUUCAAAGGGAAAUAUCUGGUCCUAUUCUUCUAUCCUUUGGAUUUCACCUUUGUAUGCCCAACAGAGAUUAUUGCUUUCAGUGACAAAGCUAAUGAAUUCCAUGACGUGAAUUGUGAGGUUGUUGCUGUAUCGGUGGAUUCUCACUUUUGUCAUCUUGCCUGGAUAAAUACACCGCGAAAGAGUGGUGGAUUGGGCCAUAUGAACAUCUCUCUUCUAUCAGAUUUAACAAAGCAAAUUUCUCGAGAUUAUGGUGUACUUCUGGAAGCAUCUGGAAUUGCAUUAAGGGGGCUUUUCAUCAUUGAUCCCAGUGGAAUUAUCAAGCAUUUGAGCAUCAAUGACCUCCCAGUUGGUCGCAGUGUAGAAGAAACACUUCGUUUGGUGAAAGCGUUCCAGUACGUAGAAACGCAUGGAGACGUCUGCCCAGCAAACUGGACUCCAAACUCCCCCACGAUCAAGCCUAGCCCUGAAGCUUCAAAGGCGUAUUUUGAAAAAGUACAUCAGUAAGCCAAAGGAGGUUAGGGGUUAGUGGAAUAUUGCAGGCUGAAACCAGAAAUUGAUUUUUUUAGAGCACACAGAGUCAUCAUACAAAUAAAAACAUAUUUUAAAGGAUUUUCCUCCCUCCCAGGUACAUUUAAGUAGCCCCAGAUGCAUUUGAGUGACAGUACUAAGCCUUUGGCACUUGUAACAUGAAACAGCACUAAGAGAAGGAGCUCCUUUUUCAAUAGUCGUCUGGUGAACUAUGAUGCUUAUAUUCUGUCUGGAACACAUUGACACUUUGGGAUUGUGCAUCAAGAAGUGAUUGGUUACCUUUACCUGCCAUAGGCUAUUUAGAAAAGAGGAAGCAAGUUACGCUCUAACAAAUGAACUUUACCACCUUCCUGUUCUGCUGAAAGAUGAAGAGCGGAUUUACACAUGCCUUCAACAGAUAGAUUUGUGCACCUUCCAGUUCCACUAUAUUAAAUAUGUUUCAGCAUGCCUGGCCUAUAUUUAUCUGUACAGGUCUACUGCCAGCCCAUGUAGAUCUCAGCAUUUCCUUUUAUGCCCUGUGUGGAUGAGGUAUACUUGUAUUCAGAUGUAUGUUUAUAGAUCUAAAUGCCCAAUAAAUAUUCUACCGAUUGUGUAUAUGUGUAUGAGUCCAAGACGCUUCUGCAGAUCAUUUUCAUGUAAAACCACCUGGGCUGCUCAGUAAAUUGGAGUAACAAUGAAGGCUAAAACUAUAGUCAGUUGUCAUACGUAAGGUAUUAUGAUUGUAUUAAAAUGCUUGGGGGGAGAGAAAUGAAGGAUUUUUUUAUACAAUAACUAUAAUGGUAUGAGCUGAAACCUCACUUGCUACCACAGUGACUUUAGUUACAAUUUAUGCUGACUUUUGGAUGCUUUGGAUACCUACUCUCGACUGUGGCACCAUGGCAUGCUUGUAAUUAUGUUGAAGAUUCGUUGAUGAAUCUGAAUUUUAAAAGCUUAGUUUCAAAAUGAUUUUGAAUGGAUGCCUUAAGCUGUGCAACCUUGAAUAAAUAAGGUUUAAGAAAA